AUGAAUCAUAAGUAAAUGUAGUGCCUCAUUUUAGAAUAGUAUGGCAAACCUCUUGUUUUGAAAUCAGUUGAUAUUCCUUAACCAACUGAAGGUGAAGUUCUAAUUUAAGUAGAAGCUGCCCCAAUUAAUCCUUCUGAUUUACUUUUCAUUGAAGGUUAACAUUCAAAUCCUUCAAAGUAGCCUCCUUGCAUUCCUGGUUUUGAAGGCUCUGGUAUCAUAGUUAAAAGUGGUGGAGGAGAAUUAGCUGAUAGCUUAAUUAAUAAAAGAGUCGCUUUCUAUCGUUCAAAAGGAUCAUUUGCUUAAUAUACUGUUAGUAAGGCUGAAUGGUGUUUAGUCUUUGAUAAAUAAAUAACCUUUAACUAAGCUGCUUCUUCAUUUAUUAAUCCUUUGACAGUAAUUAAUAUGCUUGAAAUAGUAAAAGAAGCAAAAGUAAAAGCUAUUGUUAACUCUGCUGCUUCUUCUGCUCUCGGAAGAAUGAUAGUGAGAUAUUUUAAAAAGAAUGGAAUUGAUGUAAUAAAUAUUGUGAGAAGACCAGAAUAAAUAGAUAUUUUGAAAUAAGAAGGAGCUACUUAUAUUUUAAACUAAAACGAUAAAGAUUUUUUAAAUUAAUUAAAUAAAAUUACCAACUAGCUGAAUGCUACGAUUUUUUUUGAUGCAGUAGCAGGAAGUUUUACUGGAGAAGUCCUCACUUAAAUGCCUAUUUAUUCUACUGCUUAUGUUUAUGGCUUCCUUUCAGGAAAAAAUUUUUCUAUUCCUACAUAUGAAUUCAUUUAUAAUAAGCAGAAUAUUUAAGGAUUUUCAAUUACUAGCAGAUUAUUAACAUUAAGCCCAGAAAAGAGAAAAAAAUAAUUAGAAAUAGUUUAGGAAUUUAUUUAAACUGACUUUAAAACAGAUAUUGCUAAUGAGUUUCCAAUAAAAAAUAUUGAAAAGGCUAUAAAUUAUUAUUCUUAAAAUAUGUCUGAAGGAAAAGUUUUGCUUAAACCUCAAUUAUGA